AUGGCCGAGAAUCAUAUAGCGGUGACAGUCACCCAUGAGGUGAAAGAAGAACAAAAAUCUGUCACGAGUCAGGUGGUCCAACAAGUGCACAGGAAGUUCUACCCCGAUCAAACGCAAGAAUUUCAACGCUUCGUGCAAGACGGACCGUCGCAGCCUCCUCAGGUCCAGCACAGCUACUCGUAUGAGUCGUCUCAGGCCACGGCCUCUUCGAACGGUGGAGGUCAGCAGCUCGAAGAGAAACACUUGACUGCAGCUUCUCUUGUCGGUCACGAGAAACAACUUAUCAGCCGGACUCAGCAAGAGAUAAAAACUCAACAGGUGAAAACCGUCACCAAGUUGGUGAAGACGCGAGAGGUUCGUCACAUUGGGCCCGAUGGUCAAGCUGUAGAUUUGGAGUUUGCGGCGGGAAAUCCGACGGAUUUCAUUCAGUAUCCGUCACAGUCUCAUCCGGGCUUCAUCGAGGGCGCUCCGGACGGAAUGAGCUACUUCGAAGGACAGCCACCGUCUCCUGCCAACUAUGACUACUACGGUCGGGCGCCACCUCCUCCAAGUUCCGCGAAUUACCCUCCCGGGACGAAUUUCCAGGAGUACGAGUACUAUCCUUCCGUGGGCGGAAGAUCGUCGCCCACAUCGGUGAUUUCUGAGUCUCCUCCUCAUUCGCAUUCCGCUGGAAUGUUCUCCACCGCUAGUGGACAACCAACGUCGGGCUACGACGAGCUCGAUUCCACUCUGCUUACCCCUCAGCAGAGGGCCUUGUACUAUCAGCAAGGUUAUCCAGGCGGGUACCUUGACCAGCGCAAUUCUUAUGACCCCUAUGGCCAAGCUCCUUUCGAUGGCCAACCACCCCCACCUCCUGCAGCUCCCCAGGCGGGCGAAGGAGGAGUCAGAUUCAGGGACCCCGAUCUUCACGAAGUGAUUGAGUUCCUCAAUCAUCCGAACAAUGUCGUACGCUCGAACGCAGCGGCGUACCUCCAACAUCUAUGUUACAUGGACGACAACAUGAAACAGAAAACCCGUGCUCUGGGCGGCAUUCCACCGCUCAUCGAACUCCUCUCGCAACCCAUAGGCGAAAUUCAAAGAAACGCUUGUGGAGCUCUACGAAAUCUCUCUUAUGGGAGGCGAAACGACGAGAACAAACGGGCUAUACGAAACGCCGGUGGUAUUCCGGCACUCGUUCGAUUACUGCAAUCGACGCCAGAUAACGAGAUCCGAGAACUGGUUACGUGCGUGUUGUGGAACCUUUCAUCGUGCGAUGAACUCAAGAGACCGAUAAUCGAUGAUGCUCUCAAAGUGCUCGUUCAACACGUCAUCAUCCCACUCUCGGGCUGGGAUAGAGCAACCAUUGCGCAUAAUGGCGGAGAUAAGCCAGCUCAAGAGAUUUACUGGACGAUCGUGUUCCGUAACGCGUCCGGGGUAUUGCGUAAUGUCAGUUCGGCAGGAGAGUAUGCGCGACGCAAGCUCCGGGAAUGCGAAGGACUUCCCGAAGCCCUUCUGCAUCUCGUCCGAACCGCAGUUCGAAAAAACGACAUGGAUAAUAAAAGCGUGGAAAACUGUGUUUGUAUACUCAGAAAUCUAUCAUACCGGUGCCAAGAAGUUCAAGAUCCUGAAUACGAUAAACAACCGCCUCCUCAGUUACAAGACGGGACUGCGACGACGGGUCGAUCCGGAGCCUCGUCCGUUGCUUUCAAAGUCGGAGAGAGCUUGGGUUGUUUUGGAGCGAAGAAGAAAAAAUCUCAACAGAGCAAUUCCAGCGAACAGAUAGCGGCUCAUACGUCAUCAUCGAAUCCGACAGGAAUGGGACUUUUGUGGCAGCCGGACGUUGUUCAACCGUACCUUUCGUUGCUAUCCGAGUGCUCGAACCCCGAAACACUGGAAGCAGCGGCCGGUGCUAUUCAAAACCUGGCCGCUUGUUAUUGGCAGCCUUCUAUAGACAUCCGAGCUGCGGUCCGCAAAGACCGUGGUUUGCCCGUCCUUGUCGAACUCCUCCGAAUGGAAGUCGAUCGCGUAGUUUGUGCUGUUGCGACAGCGCUCCGAAACUUGGCCAUGGAUCAAAGGAACAAAGAACUAAUUGGCAAAUACGCCAUGAGCGAUUUAGUGCAGAAGUUGCCGAACGGCAAUCCCCAGCACGACAUGGGAACUUCCGAUGACACGGUGGCUGCGGUGCUGGCCACGUUGAACGAAGUGAUUGUUAAGAACGCUGAUUUUGCUAGAUCGCUGCUGGAAGCCGGCGGAGUCACCAGGCUCACUCACAUCACCAAGCAGAAACAGAGGUUUUCUCCACGCGUGGUGAAAUUCUCCUCUCAGCUACUGUUCAACAUGUGGCAACACGUCGAGUUGCGCGAAGCGUACAAAGGCGCAGGUUGGCGGGAGAGCCACUUUCUUACUAGGAACAUCGGCGGCAAUGGGGCUGCGGGGCCCUCCACUGGUUUGGGUGGGGCCAACUAUAGCACACUGUCGAGGCCGAUCAGUUCUCAGGGUGGCACCCGUUACGAGGAUCGUACGCUUCCUCGUGGAGCCGGUCGUGAACUCAAUCGCCAGCAGCAACAACAGCUUCAGCAGCAACAACAUCACAAUAAUAACAAUGCUGGAGGCCAUCCGCAGCCACAGGGUGUGGGCUACCACCAGGGACAAGAGAUGCCCCUGGCGGAAAUGCACAACCUUUCCAUCCAGGACGGUCAUCGCCAGGCCCCGGUAGGCGGAGUUCAAAUCUUCCCACCAGGACCGCAUCAACUCGCCGAAGUGCAUUCUGGUCCGCUGCCGGGAGAGCCGGUUUACGCGCAAGUGAAUCGCGAGAAGAAACUUAGACAUCGACCCAUGGGCGGCCACAUGAGCCCCAUGAUGAUGAUGAACAUGAGCCAAGGAACGUUGCCUCGAGAUUCGCACCCGUCAACGAGUGAGAGCACUCAUCAACUCAUACCUCCUGGAACGCCAACUCCGAGUACCAACGGCUAUCAUCAUCCGCAAGUGGUAACAGCGAGUAACGGAGAAGGCCCUGUUGCUGGUGAUUCCUGGGUAUGAGAAAGACGGGAGCUCUGACGAGCGAGCGUUUUUUUCUGCCCUAAUCAGUCACGGACGGGAAUCUAUCGAGAAUAUCCGCGUCCAGCGACAUCCAUCGUUCCCAGAUGAGAGUACGACCAGGGAUGACCACCGUGUCGGGCACAACAUUAAUUUAUUGCGAGCGUGGCAACGCUCAUGGGGCAAGCGCUCCGACGCAGUCGACGGUUCGGAGUGCGGAUUUCGAGUGCCACAGCAAUCAUCUCUUUGCGUAUACGAGAGAACUGUCGCCUGUAUCUCGAACAAAUAGCUCUACGAUAGUAUUAGAAACGCUGUACAUACGGUCGGAAUAGAUAGUGUGGAAGAGCGUCUGCGUGACUCGAGGGUCGAUUGGUUAAUUGAUUCAUUGGAUGUCGACGGAGCGCAUCCGAGUGGAAACUCCACCGACCGAUACCGUAGACGUACCUUUGGUUGUUUGAAUUAUAUUCACAUUGAUCGAUUGAUUGACUGAUUGAUUGACUGGAUGAAUGAAUGAUCGUAUGCUGAUCGAAUAACUUGUGGAACAACGCCCUGGAGCUUGGGCGGGACAAAUCAUAGAGAGCGUGCCAGGGAGCGU